AUGAAUGCAACGCCUUCUUCAAAUAUUACUCGUACACCAACAAUGACAUCAGUUCCACAAAAUUUUUUAUCUCGUUCUCGAAUAAAAAGACGAUCAACAGAAACGUAUCCUCAUUUAAAUUUUGAACCAUUAACUGUAGCCACAAAACCGAUUCAUUCUCCUCUAUUGACAGCAAAUAAUUAUUCAUUAAAACCAAAAACUAAACAAAUUAAACCAUCAUCAACAGCAUUGGGACGUAUUCGUUCUGCUUCUCCAUCAAUAGUAAUACCAUCGAUUAUCGAAAAGCGUGUUCAAUUAUUAACAUCUGAAGUAUCCAAUAAUGACGAUCCUCUAGGAUCAUCAAUAUAUUCUCCUCAAUUUGAAGAUGUACAACAGCAACAACAACAACAAGAAACAGACAAAACAGUUGGUCCAGUAGUUUGUGAAUCAUCUAAUUGUUCAGAAGUUGUCUCAAAUGUUUCAUUAAAAUCUAAAAUAAAAUUAAAACCUCAAAUUUCACGUUGUCGUAGUGCAAUGGAGACAAAAUCUCCAUUAAAUAAAAGUUAUCCACGUUUUAUAUUAAUAACUGAUGAAGAACAUCGAAUUGAAAGUUGGUAUUAUCAAUAUCCAUUUAUUGUUAGUGAUGACCUUCUUCAAUCAUUUCAAUCAAAAUCAUCAAAUAAAAUUACAACAUCAGCUUAUUUUAUUGAUGAUUAUCAACAAUUUAUAAAUUCAAAUACAACACCUAAAACAAUUUUACAAAGUAAACCAUUUCAUAUAAAUAAUGAUUGGAAAAAAUAUGAUCUUAUUUUUGUAUCAAAUAAUAUUUAUCAAGAUAUUAUUAUUUAUUUACAAACAAUUAUUAAUUUAAUUAUUAAAUCAUCAGGAAAAAUAAUUCAUAUUUAUCAAUUAAAUCAUCAUGAAGAUUUAAAAACACAAGUUAGAUAUAUAUGUAAACAAUUAAAUCAACAAAUUUUUUCUCAUAUUUAA